AUGGUUUUGCAGGAAGGAAGUAUGUCUUUUGGAUGGAAUUUGCAAGCACAAGGACAUCAACAUGGUGGUUAUUGGCCCACCUUUGAUGGAAACAACAAUAAUGGCAACCGGAAGCGAAGCAGGAUCAACUAUUAUCAUGGGAAUUAUGACAUUCGUAAUCAUUGCUGGGCAGAACACGGUGUCUAUUCUAAUAUUCACAACUUUGAUAACGGUAACUAUGUUCAGUAUGAUGCUGGACCUUCAUCUUCGAAAAGGAGAAAACAUCCAGCUCCUAGCUGGGAAAACAGUCAGAAACACUAUCUUCCAUCCACUGCCCAAGGCAAUAUCCCUACCUCUGUUAACUUCCAAGAACCUCCUACAAGAUCCAAUGCUGAUACCUCUAUAUCACCUAUCUGCAAGCUUGAUUGUUCUAUAUUUGAAGAUAAAGAGCCGGUGUUUAUGUCAAGGGAUGAGAUUGAUAGAUGUUCUCCAUCAAGAAAAGAUGGUAUUGACGUACUUCAUGAGACACACUUGCGCUACUCGUACUGUGCUUUCCUUCAAAAUCUUGGGAUGUGGCUUAACUUGCCUCAAACUACUAUCGGGACAGCCAUGGUUCUGUGCCACCGUUUUUUUGUUCGACAAUCUCACGCCUGCCAUGACAGAUUUUUAAUUGCUACUGCUGCCCUUUUUCUUGCCGGAAAGUCGGAGGAAACACCAUGCCCUUUGAAUAGUGUGUUGAGAGCAUCCAGUGAAUUCUUACAUAAACAAGAUUUUACUUUGCUGUCCUAUCUGCUUCCUCUUGAUUGGUUUGAAAAGUAUCAUGACCGGGUGCUUGAGGCUGAGCUAUUAUUGCUUACUACUUUAAAUUUUGAACUCAAUGUGCAGCAUCCAUAUGCACCUCUUACAUCUAUCCUUGACAAAUUAGGCCCAUCAAAGACUGUUUUGGUGAAUCUGGCAUUGAACUUGAUCAGCAAAGGGCUUCAAAGCUCUCUAUGGCUUCAGUAUAAACCUCACCAUAUUGCUGCCGGAGCUGCGUAUCUUGCUUCAAAGUUUCUGAAAGUUGAUCUAACUGCAUAUCACAAUAUCUGGCAAGAGUUUGGGGCAACACCAUCCAUUCUUCGCGAUAUCUCGCAGCAAUUAAUGGAGCUCGUUUAA